CACCUCGCGAACGUGCGCGUCGUCCAGCGAAACCUAGUCUACGUCGUCGGCCUCACGGAAAAGUACUGCGUAGAGAGCGCGCUUCGCGGGAACGAUCUCUUCGGACGCUUCGGGCGAAUCACGAAGUGCCAGACCGCGCCGCCGCGGCACGUGGACUACGUCGCGCGCAAUCGCUACGGCGCCAACACCCCCGCGAGCGAGCUGACCGGGGGAGCGUACAUCACGUACGCCUCGGACGACGCGGCGCGGCGAUGCGUCGCCGCCGUCGACGGAACGCGCCUGGAUGGGAAAUCGCUUCGCGCGUGUCACGGCACGACUAAGUACUGCAACGCGUUCAUUCGACACGAGCAGUGUCGGAAUCCGGAGUGCGCGUACCUGCACACGAUCGGCGACGACGCGGACUCGUUCACGAAAGAGGAGAUG